AUGGCUUUGCUUCAGUACCCUGCGCCCGUCAACUACGGGGCGCAAGUGGAUGCGUUUGCCGAUUUUUUGAAGCAUUUCAAAACCUUCGAGUCCGCGUCCGAGGCCGCAGCAACCGAGGCAAUCGAAGACCUGAACCUUGAUGGCGAUGGAACAAGCGAUGAAUACGACUUUAUGGAUGAUGCCGAUGAGAGCGGCGCACAGAGAUCUAGAGCCGACAAGCGGCGACGAGAGCCGAAGUUGAAGUACAUGCAGAUUCUGCAAGAGAUUGCCGAUCGCGAGAAAACCAACAUCCUGAUUGAAUUGGAUGACUUGAAUACUUUCGAAAAAUCCCUGCCCGAGGACUCGGAGCUGAAACUUGUUGAGUCCAUACAAAAAAACACUAGGCGCUAUCUUGAUGUCUUUUCCGACGCGGUGGAUCGAGUCAUGCCAAAGGAAACCAAGGAAAUCACAUUCAAGGACGACGUUCUCGAUGUGAUCAUGUCCCAGCGUGAGAAGCGUAACGAGACGAUGGCGAUGGCGAUUGAAGCGGAUGUUGAUGCUGUGACUGCUCCGUCAAUCUUCCCCCCAGAGCUUACCCGCCGGUAUACCCUCAACUUCAAGCCCCUGACACCCUCCGGGUCGAGCAGCGAACGAGACACCAAGGCUCUGGCUGUAAGGAACGUGCGGUCGGAUCACCUCGGUAGCCUGAUCACUGUUCGGGGCAUAACUACCCGUGUGUCAGAUGUGAAGCCGGCUGUGCAGAUCAACGCCUAUACCUGCGACCGCUGUGGGUGUGAAGUCUUCCAGCCGAUCACCACCAGACAAUUUGUCCCUCUGACUGAGUGUCUCUCAGAGGAGUGCAAAAGGAAUAACUCAAAGGGCCAACUGUUUCUAUCAACUCGCGCCUCCAAGUUUAUUCCUUUCCAAGAAGUCAAGAUCCAGGAAAUGGCUGACCAGGUGCCCGUUGGCCACAUUCCUCGCACUAUGACGGUGCACUGCAAUGGUAGUCUCACACGACAGCUGAACCCUGGUGACGUCGUCGAUAUCGAUGGCAUUUUCCUUCCGAUUCCAUACACGGGCUUCCGGGCCAUUCGCGCGGGCCUGCUUACAGACACCUAUCUUGAAGCCCAGCAUAUCACCCAGCACAAGAAGGCAUACAAUGAUUUGAUGAUGGACAGCCGCACUCUUCGCAAGAUCGAGCAACAUACAAGCUCCGGCAACUUGUAUGAUUAUCUAUCCCGAUCCAUUGCGCCUGAAAUUUACGGCCAUCUGGAUGUUAAGAAGGCCUUGUUGCUGCUCCUAGUCGGAGGUGUUACGAAGGAGAUGGGCGAUGGAAUGCAUAUUCGUGGUGACAUCAAUAUCUGUCUUAUGGGUGAUCCUGGUGUGGCCAAAUCGCAAUUACUCAAGUACAUCACCAAGGUCGCUCCACGUGGAGUGUAUACAACUGGUAGAGGAAGCAGUGGUGUUGGUCUGACCGCCGCAGUCAUGAGAGACCCAGUCACAGAUGAGAUGGUGCUGGAGGGAGGUGCCCUUGUGCUUGCUGAUAACGGCAUCUGCUGCAUUGAUGAGUUCGACAAAAUGGAUGACGCAGAUAGAACUGCCAUUCACGAAGUGAUGGAGCAACAGACAAUCUCGAUCUCCAAGGCGGGUAUAACCACUACGCUCAAUGCGCGGACGUCCAUUUUGGCCGCCGCCAACCCGCUCUAUGGCCGGUACAACCCACGAAUCUCCCCCGUGGAGAACAUCAACCUCCCUGCCGCUCUUCUGUCUCGUUUCGAUGUUCUGUUUCUCAUCCUCGACACACCUUCUCGCGAUGCCGACGAGGAACUGGCAAACCACGUGGCCUAUGUUCACAUGCACAACAAGCACCCGGAAACCGGGGACUCGGGCGUCAUGUUCGCACCUCACGAGGUUCGCCAGUACAUCGCCAAAGCUCGAACCUAUCGCCCUAUUGUGCCCUCGGCUAUUUCCGACUACAUGGUAGGAGCUUACGUGAGCAUGCGUAAGAAGCAGAAGAUGAAUGAAGGAAGCAAGAAGCAGUUCACUCAUGUCACGCCUCGUACGCUUUUGGGUGUGAUCCGCUUGUCUCAGGCCCUCGCACGGCUUCGAUUUAGUGAAGAAGUAGUUAUUGAGGAUGUCGAUGAGGCUCUGCGUUUGGUUCAUGCCAGCAAGGCAUCUCUCGACCAAGAUGGACAGGCUGGUCUGGACCAGACUCCCAGCAGCAAGAUUUACAGCCUCAUUCGGGGAAUGUGGGAAAGCGGCGCUGCAGCCGUUGGGGAUGGGGAUGAUGGCGAGCUGAGCAUGAGGAAGGUUCGUGAGAGAGUCCUGGCCAAGGGCUUCACGGAGGAUCAGCUCACUAUGGCCAUUGAUGAAUAUGCCAACCUCUUGGUCUGGCAAGUCACUGGCAACGGAACACGCCUGGUCUUUAUUGAAGCCGGGGACGAUGACGAGAACAUGGACGGGAUGUGA